AUGGAGGAAAGAUUUAAAUGUUUGGAUUACUUCGUGAGUAAAAUUAUUAAAAAUUUGAUUUAAAUUUUUUUUUUAUUUUCUAACCCUUUUAAAGCUUUUUUAAUCAAAAAAAAAUGAAAAAUUUUUUUGGAUUUAAAAAUCUCAAAAAAAAAAAAAAAAAAAAAAAAUUUAAUUUUAUUUGUAAAAUACGAUGACCUGUUCCAUGAUUUUAAUUUUUCAGAUCUGGAAGCGAAUUUUUGACGACUGCGAUUACGAAACCUUGGUAAAUGUGGGGCUAACCAAUUUAUUUUUCACUAAACUGGUGGCCGAGCGGGUAUAUAAACACAGAUGUGUCAAAAAUCAAGUGUAUCGAUUGCGUGGAGAGACCUGGAAAGAGGCUUUCAAAGAGUAAGUUCAAAAAAUGGAACUUCGAUUUAUAAAUGUUUUCUUAAAAAAUUUGCCGAAAUUUUGAAAAAGAUGCCAAAAUAAAAAUUGGAUUUUUUGCAAUUUUUGAAAAAUAUACUAUUAAUUUCAGUCAAACAUGAUUGCGUGAGUGAUAAAAACAAACAAAAAAUUAUAUGUCUAUGCGCUUUAUGAAAAUACUAUCGGUCUGUCGGGAAAAUAAUGAAAAAAAAUCCACAUUAUUUUCCCAACAAAAUAAUAUCGGAAAAUCCACGCUAUUUUUUAGACCAACUAAUACCAGAAAAUCCACAUUAUUUUCCCGACAAAAUAAUAUCGGACAAUCCACAUUAUUUUCCCAACAAACUAAUAGCAGUACGGUUUCGAGACGGGAAAUUUUUCGGCGACAAAUCCACAUUAUUUUCCCGACAGUCCGAUAAAAAAAUCCACAUUAUUUUCCCGACAAAAUAAUAUCGGAAAAUACACACUAUUUUCCCGACAGACUGAUAAAAGAAAAUCCACAUUAUUUUCCCGACAAACUAAUAGCAGUACGGUUUCGAGACGGGAAAUUUUUCGGCGACAAAUCCACAUUAUUUUCCCGACAGACCUUUUUUGACGAGGCAAAACAUUUUGCUGCGACAACCAACCAUUAUUUUCUCGACAGAGUAAUGUCAGCAAAUCCACAUUAUUUUCCCGACAAAAUAAUAUCGGAAAAUCCACGUUAUUUUCCCGACAGACUGAUGAAAGAAAAUCCACAUUAUUUUUCCGACAAAAUAAUAUCGGAAAAUCCACAUUAUUUUCCCGACAGACUGAUAAAACAGAAUUCACAUUAUUUUCUCGACAGACUGAUAAAAGAAAAUCCACAUUAUUUCCCCGACAGACCGCUAACAUCCCUGUCCUUUCAGCCUUCCAAAUCGGGUCACCUGGGAGGACGAUGACAUGUAUUCUCGAGUUCAAUUUUGCAGAGAAGAUGGGACAGAUCGCUUUUUAUACGUCGGCGAUGAUCAUGUGGUUGUGACCAGUUUCGACAAGCCAAUGAAGUUUAUCAGAUUUCUCAGCAUGAAGUCUCAUCCGCGAAGGAAUUGGGCCGUUUCAUUGAUCAAGAAGGGAGAGCUGAUUGUUUCUUGCGUAAGUGUUGGAAAAGAAAUCGAUUUUUAUUAUGAUUGCGAUCUUCUUAGUUCUUCUAUUGGUACGGCCCAAAGACGGUUCAAGUUUACUCUGUAAAAGCCGGGAAAUAUAUUUUCACAAAGAGGUUCUCUUGGUAUGUCUCGUGCGCAAAUGGUGCGGCAUACGACAAGGACGCCGGAGUUUUGUUCAACGGCUACGAUCAAUCGCUAACCGACGUCGACAUCGAUGGCGAUUUGAAGGACGCGGUUUAUGGCCAACACCAACAUCUUUUCUAUUUCAAAGGGCCAAAAGUCGAGCUCUUAGAGUACAACGCCAUGAGUAGCGAGAUUCAACGGAGAAUCGAGCUGGGCGUGGGAUUUGCGACGCUGGAUUGGUCGAAAUAUUUGGUUGUUCAUAGUUAUGGGCGACUUCAGGCGAGGGAAGAUGGUGAAGAUCGGGGUAAGCGGCUUGGUAAGACGUACUAAGAUACCGAAAGAAGGAAGGAUUCGAAAAAGGAUCAAACCGAAGCCGUGCUGUUAGAAUGUCGGGAAAAUAAUGCGGAUUCUCCGAUAUCAGUCCGUCUGGAAAAUAUUGUGGACUUUCCGAUAUUAGUUUGUCGGGAAAAUAAUGUGUUUUUGUAGAUAUCAGUCUGUCGGAAAAAUAAUGUGGACUUUCCAAUAUCAGUCUGUCGGGAAAAUAAUGUGGAUUUUCAGAUAUUAGUUUGUCGGGAAAAUAAUGUGUUUUUGUAGAUAUCAGUCUGUCGGAAAAAUAAUGUGGACUUUCCAAUAUCAGUUUGUCGGGAAAAUAAUGUGGAUUUUCAAAUAUUAGUUUGUCUGGAAAAUAAUGUGUUUUUGUAGAUAUCAGUCUGUCGGAAAAAUAAUGUGGACUUUCCAAUAUCAGUCUGUCGGGAAAAUAACGUGAAUUUUCCGAUAUCAGCCUGUCGAGAAACUAAUGUGGAUUUUCCGAUAUCAGUUUGUCGGGAAAAUAAUAUGGAUUUGUAACAGCAAAAUAUCUCACCUCGUCACCGUCUGCACCAAAUCGUCAGCGGUGGCUAGCCCUCGCAAAGCGAUGAUGGGCGAUUCCAAAUUGCGAGAGAUCCACAUUAUUUUCCCGACAGACUGAUUUCGGCGAAUCCACGUUAUUUUCCCGACAGACUGAUAUCGUAAAUCCACAUUAUUUUUCCGACAGAUUGAUUUCGGCAAAUCCACACUAUUUUCCCGACAGGCCGAUAGUACUAUAUUCACUGUGCGUUUGCAAUAAAAGGCACAUAAAGUCUACGAACUUUAUGAAAAUACUGUUGCAGUAAGGACUCCAUUAUCUACAAAUUUCAGCCAGCAAGAUGAAAAAGGAAGUCCUGGAGAUCUACGAAACCAACAGCUCCGUGCCCGCUCUCACCAUCGACCUUCCACCAUCCCGGUGGUUCAUGGAAGUGUGCCCUGGCGUUGUAGCGCGAUUUCCAAAGUUCAAGGACGAGGUAGGCCGAAGGAAAUGUCUAAUAUAUAUAUUAUCAGUUUGUCGGGAAAAUAAUGAUCACUCUUUCAGAACGAUAACUACGCCUUGUUCACUCGAAAUCUUCAAGGCCAUUGGAGCCCGCUUUCAAAGCCUUUCAAGGAGGUCUACAGCGGACGAAAAGGGCUGUUCCGAAAGGCGCGAGCAGCAGCGAACAACCUCGUCUGGGUUGUGGAUCCUCUCGAACGGCCGAAGCCGUUUCUCACCUGGGAUCUGGUCUAUUUCGAGAAUUUGAAUGGCAAGUUUUGCACAUAAGCCUGUCGGGAAAAUAAUGUGCAUAUUCAGAUAUAAGCUUGUCGGGAAAAUAAUGUGGACUUUCCGAUAUCCGUUUGUCGGGAAAAUAAUGUGGAUUUCCGUUACCAGUCUGUCGAGAAAAUAAUGUGGAUUUCUGAUAUCAGUCCGUCGGGAAAAUAACGUGGAUUUUUCGAACAUCAGUUUGUCGGGAAAAUAAUGUAGAUUUUCCAAUAUUAGUCUGUCGGGAAAAUAAUGUUGAUUUCCGAGUAUCAGUUUGUCGGGAAAAUAACGUGGAUUUGUCGCUGCGAAAAAAAAUUUGUGUCGCCUCGUCGCUGUCGCUCACUAAAUCUCCAGCCGCGGCUAGCCGUUGCAAAGAAAUGAUGGACGACUCCUAGGCCCGACAAAUCCACAUUAUUUUUCCGACAGACUGAUAUCGGUGAAUCCAUAUUAUUUUCCCGACAGACUGAGAUCGGAAAAUCCACAUUAUUUUCCCGACAGACUGAUAUCGGAAAAUCCACAUUAUUUUCCCGACAGACUGACAUCUACAAAAACACAUUAUUUUUCCGACAGACUGAUAUCGGAAAAUCCACAUUAUUUUCCGGACAGACUGAUAGCUAAAAUUUGUCCGUUUUAUACAACACAUUUUUAUAUCUAAAUAUUAGGUUGAUACAAAAGUUUUUACACAUUUUUUUGAGACACUUCAAAAUAAAAUUCCUAGAGCCUGAUUGAAUGUACGUUAAAACUGAAAGCAUAGAUGUAUGGGGCAGAACAUUGCAAAAUUUUUGAUUCGUGGCAUUUUAUUUUCUACAAGCUUCCUUUCAGAAUAUUUCAAAAAUACUAAAAAUUUCCCCGUUUGUGUCAUCGUGAAUAUCCUGGGCCCUAGCAAUUUUCCAGCCCACUAGAAAGUCUCGGGUUUUGGGUUAUUCGUACUGGGGAUGGCUGUAGUUUCUUCUGAAUUUAUUGCUCUACUUAUAUCUACACUGACGUUUUUUGUAGCAUCCCAUAAAGUUGGCCGGAGAGCCGAGCUAUCGAUCAAAAGCAGAUUUUUAAAAAUUUUUUGAAAGGAGUUAGAUUUUUUUGACUCGGCUGCCAUUCAGGUUGUACAAAGACAGUAUGCUGAUGAUACAUUCAAAAAGUCACCAACUGAAAUUGCCUUAUAAGGUAGAAAAGUAGCAUAAACUGCACUUUUAGGCCAAUUUUUGUAAUUUUUUUAAUGUUAUUUCAAGAGGACCUUCAGCUUAGCGCAUCUAGCAACUGAUAGUGUAUGUCAAGUAGGAUCAAUUAUUUAUUAAAUAACUAGGAUACCGGGCGAGAGUAAUGAACAGAAAACGUUUUUGUAAAAAUCCCCUAAAUUACGUAAAAUAUUGGUAGAUUAAAAAGAUUCGAUUUUUCUGCCGGAUAGCUAAAGCUAGCGCGAAUGUUUAGCAUUGGCGUGUAGUGCUACUCAUACACUACAAUAACAGAAAGCGUUAUCACUUAGUGCUUCUAAUAGCUGCGUCUACAGGGUCUACUUUUGCCAGACCCUAAUUUUUGAUUUUUCGCACUAAAAAUUUUUCGACUAGCCCUAUAGCAAAUUGUCCUCGAUGCCAUAGAGAUUACAUACAGGCAUACCAUAUUCUAGAAUAUUAAGAAGAUACAGCCACUCUAGACGUAACGCCGGCGGUUUACUUUUUCUUCCUUCGAGUAGUUAAGGUUUAACACGGCGCUACUACUACAAAUUGCUAAGUUGUAAAAAGUUAUUAAUCUACUAUAAUCUACAAACAGCCCUCUUUCUAACAAGAUAUAUAUCAGGCCCACUGGCUUUGGUCUAAAUUUUUUAAAAUUUUUUAAAGACAUGUGGAAAAACUUUUGAAUCAACCUAAUAUUUUCAGGUGAACUCUUCUGCAAGCGCUACAAACGAAGUGAGACGCCAAACAAAAAUUACUUGAGGCAUUUCCAUGAGGUCAUUAUGCGAAAACACAACCGAGACCCAAAAAAUCUGUCGGAUCGGGUUCCAAAUACAGUCUUCUAAAUUCAUUGUUAAUUCAUGUUAUUUUGUUGAUAUCAAAUAAAAACAUAUCCACUAAAUAUGUUUUUAAUAUAUACAGUGACUUACCGUAAUCUCGAAAAUUUCUCUUUUUCUAAUAUAAUCAAGAAGACAAGUCGGGUCGAUAAUGUUUGUCUGUCGCGAAAAUUAAAGACCAAUUUGAUGGUUACUCUUGAAGAUUGUCGUUCUUUUCAGGCAUUAUAUCUUCUGUAGCCACAAUUUUUUACUUGUAAGAUAUUUUUUUGUCUUGAAGUAACUUUAUUUCGAGUAUUUUUCCGCCAAUAACGCACCAAUUUCUAUAAAAUUUAUAUCAAAUUCACGCUGAGGUACCCCAUUUCUUGUCCACCAAAUACAGUGCGUCCCAGGUUUUUGGUUCCACCCCAUUUUUUGAUCAUAUCUCUGGGGGUUUUUUCUCAAAUGCCAUGAAAUUUUACACAAGUGUUAACCAACCUUUGAGAAUAAGCUAUGCGAAGUUUCAUCCCAAUUGGCUUCAGUACUCUGACGUUAUGGCGAUUUUUUAAAAAUUUUGGGUGUCCCAGGUUUUUGGUUCCACGUGGAAAUUUGCGAGUUUUUUGGUCCGGUUUUGAACCAACCUGCUCUUAAUACUAUUCAUCUUGUACUCUGUAGUAUUAGAAAGGGUAUUACAUUCGUAUCUGCCGUACUUUUUCGACGGAGUGGCCCCACGAGCCAUCUCCGACCUUGUACAUCAGGUAAACAUUGGUUUUAAAAAAAAAUUCCGAUUAGUGAUUUAUUUCCCGCAAGAAACAACUUAGAGUACUUGUACCAAAUGCAAGAUGUAAAACAAACCGAUACCGAUUAGUUUGAAGUCAUUUAAUCGACCUUUUAAGUCAUUUAAGCUACCGUUUACCUUCUACAGUAACCUUCAAAGGCCCUAAAAACACAGAAAAUUACUAUCUAUGGGAACUUUUUGCCCCGAAAAUCAAACUCAGCAUGUUAAUAAACCUAUAGCUGUAUCUUGUUUCUUGCUUAAAUGUUCUAUCUGGCGCAGGUGGUUGGUUCAAGGAAAAAUGGGUAAAAGCAAGCCUAUUUUGGCCUAUUUUUUUGUAGAACGAACUUUACAGACCCGAUUUAUUCUGAAACGGCUAAUGAUUGUAGCAUUACGUUUUCAGGCACGCUGCGUUCAAAUUUGCAUGUCAAAUUUUGUGAUUCUCGUCCAUUCCUCUUGGUAAUUCGGGGUAUAAAGUGUUACGGUAGCUACUUGUUGAAGAUGAUAUGCCAAGAAAAUACUCGAGAUCAUUGAUCAAGCUACUUUUCUUCGUUAAGUAGAUGCACACUGUAUAAUUUAACAGCAUUGGCAAGUUUAAUGCCCAAAAAACAGCCUGACUGACAUUUUUUUCAGAACCAAUCUUUAUCUCAUGUACAAGGUCGGAGAUGGCUCAUAGCGCCACUCCGUCGAAAAAGUACGGCAGAUACGAAUGUAAUACCCUUUCCAAUACUACAGAGUACAAGAUGAAUAGUAUUAAGAGCAGGUUGGUUCAAAACCGGACCAAAAAACUCGCAAAUUUCCACGUGGAACCAAAAACCUGGGACACCCAAAAUUUUUAAAAAAUCGCCAUAACGUCAGAGUACUGAAGCCAAUUGGGAUGAAACUUCGCAUAGCUUAUUCUCAAAGGUUGGUUAACACUUGUGUAAAAUUUCAUGGCAUUUGAGAAAAAACCCCCAGAGAUAUGAUCAAAAGAUGGGGUGGAACCAAAAACCUGGGACGCACUGUAUAACAGGCCCUAGUUCACGGAGGCUCCCGUAUUGACCUUUGAUAUCUUAAUUCCAAAUUUUGGAGCCGGAAAUCGGUGAAACUUAAAAAAAUUUCGCAAAGAUUUUCAAUUAGAGACAUUUUAUACGAUGAAUAUUGCCUCGGCUUCAAGUUUAUAUAAAUUUUAUAGGAACUGGGGCAUAUUAUUGGCGGAGAAAUACGUGAAGUGACGUUGAAAACUCCGUCUCAAACGCUACUGUUUACGGCCGCUAAAAUAGCAAUUCCAUUUUUUCAGAAAAAAUGCGUUAUUUGUUGAUAUACGGCGUCAUCGUCAUUUCGAUCUCUGUGAAUGGCACUCUGGCCCUAAUUUGCCAUUGCACGGAGAGAUUCAGCAACUACGAUGGCUACGGAGAAGUUGUUCCAUGCAUCAACAACACCUGUGAGGUCGGCAAAAGAGGAUGUAAGUGAAGUUAUCUUUGCAUCGAAUUUUUCUUUUCUCAUUCUGUCGGGAAAAUAAUGAGCACAAAGUUGCUCUCGUCGCUGAAAUGGAAAGCAAUUUUAUUUUUCCGCGACACAGUUCAUUUUCUCGACGGCGAUGCGACUUUUGAUGCGACAAAGGGCUGAUUAUUUUCCCGACAGACUGAUAAAAUGGCAAUUUUUCUGGGAAAAUCGAUGGACUAAUUUCUCAAAAAUUUUUUGUCAUAACGAAUUUUCAACCCAAUACAAGCCUUAACAGGCCUAAACAAGCCUACCAGUCGUUCCAGAAAGUGCGCAGACUUUUUUCGACCCUUUUUUUGCACCGCACUGUGCAUGUUUUACAAAGCGGUCGAAAAUUUUUGCACUUUGCAAUUUCUUCUCGCUCCCUUGAGAAAAGCUUGGCGAUGCGAUGUUCAAUUCGGCAAUAUAAAGCGGGAGAUAAAAGAUUUUCUGAAAAAUUUUAGAAAUUUUUCUCUUUUCACUUUUUUUUUAAAAAAAAAGUAAAUUUUGAAAAAUUUCCGGAAAUUUUCGAUUUCUGAAAGUCAAAAAACAUUCUUACUCCGAACGACAAAUUUUUGGAAAGUUGGAUCAAAAAUGGCUCGCCAAAAGUUCGAUCCGGAAAGUUGAAACAAAAAUGGCUCGCCCAUUUUAUCUGGUGAGUAAGACGCCGUUUUUACUCACCAAUUUAUUUUCUUCAAAACUAUUUUUGUGAGCUGCGCCCUUGAUCACCCGGGAAUUCCCAGAUGUGUCAAAUUUCUCCCCCGUAAGAAAAUUGUUUUUUCCCUCUUUUCGAUAUUGUGUAGCCUGUUUCUACAUGAAGAUGGCAUGAAUACUAGACAAGUAAGUUGUUAUUAGUAAGAGCAGGUGUUCUUCUUUCAAUUGACACCAAAUAUUUUCCCUUUAUUUCAGGGAAAGGUACAGAAUUUCUCCAAUUCGUAAAGCUAGUUUUUCACGACCAUGGAUAAUGUAAGUGCGCUUAUCUCGUUUUUUGUUCCGUUAUUGGAGUAAACAGUUCUAGGCUGGGGCUUCUAGAGGACAACGCACUCUUUAGUUUUGUUAUAUUCUCCAUCUAUCAAACGCCAUCAAUUUCGAUUUCUAGGUGUCAUGUACAAUAUCGAAAUCCGCUCAGAUCUGCCGGAUUUUUGCCCGAAUGCGUUCUAAACUGAGGUAAUAACGUAAUAAGGCUCAAAUAACGUUGUUACAAUAACUUAGUAUUUGAAAUUUUUACGUCGUUAUUCCUCAAAAUUGAUGGGGUUUCAUACAUGGAGAAUAUACAUGAGAGUGGGGUCUAGCCUAAACGACGUAGAAUCUUGACGUCGUAGCAAAAAACGAGAUAAUCUCACUUACAUUAUCCAUGGCCAUGAAGCUUUACGAAUUGGAAAAAUUUUGUACCUUUCUCUGAAAUAACAGGGAAAUUUUUGGUGUCAAAUGAAAAACGUACAUCUCCUCUUGCUAAUGCUAACUUACUUGAUCACUUUUCAGCCCAUCUUCGUGGAGAACAUAGCUUCACAACAUCGCACAAACAUAAAAAUAAUUUUUUCGGAAGAGAAAAACUUGACACAUCAGGGAAAGACUUGGCGUCAACCUUGCAACCUGCAGUGCGGGGCCAAAAAGAGGAAGAAAGUAAAAACAAGCUCUGACUUUCCUCGACUCCGAGCGGGGAGUAAGAUCCGGUCCUACUCCCGACCUUGAAGUCGGAAAGCCAAACAAAAAAUUGACUUUUUUUUGCAUUUUCCGGAAAGUAAACUGAAAAUUUACUUUUUUUUUAAAAAAAAAGUAAAAACAGAAAAAUUUUAAAAAUUUUUCAGAAAAUCUUUUAUCUCCCGCUUUAUAUGCUCAUUAUUUUCCCGGCAAACUGAUACCGGAAAUCCACAUUAUUUUCUCGACAGACUGAUACCGGAAACCCACAUUAUUUUCCCGACAGACCGACAUCGAAAAUCCACAUUAUUUUCCCGACAAACAAAUAUCGAAAAAUCCACACUAUUUUCCCGACAGACUGAUAUCAAAUGAUCCACAUUAUUUUCCCGACAAAAUGAUACCGGAAAUCCCCAUUAUUUUCCCGACAGACUGACACCGGAAACCCACAUUAUUUUCCCGACAAAAUGAUACCGGAAACCCACAUUAUUUUCCCGACAGACCGGCAUCGGAAAUCCACAUUAUUUUCCCGACAGACUGAUACCGGAAAUCCACAUUACUUUCCCGACAAAAUGAUACCGAAACCCACAUUAUUUUCCCGACAGUCUGAUAUCGGAAAAUCCACAUUAUUUUCCCGACAGACUGAUGUUCGAAACUUGCCAUUGAAAUAAUUUGUUUUAUUUUUUCAGCUUGCAUGAUGCUCCGCUCCUUCGAAGACGACAACACCGCCUUCCGCUGCGUCAAAGACUACCGGCUCCGGAACGAUUGCGAAGACUUUAUGAUGUCCUAUGCGAAAGGCACUGUGUGCACUUGCAACACCGGCGACGACUGCAACAUCCACACCUGGUUUUCGGGACGCGAGACGAAUUCGGAGGAGGAGAACGAAAUGGAGAAUUUCAUUCAAGCGACGGUCGAGAAAAUGGCUCCAUUCAGUUAUGGGAAUCCGCUUUAUGAUGGGAAUGUGAAGAAGUCGGACUAUGAGAACUACGAGAAUGCCGUGAAGUUGAGUUUGAAGCGAAAGCUGGUGAAGGAAAAACGAGAGGAAGAGGAAAGAAGGGCAUUUUUGGAGAAACUGUAUGGUGGUUCGGGGAAAAUCAGCGCCUCAAGGCUUGCAUUGGUCACUACGUUUAUUUUGUUUGUGUUUUGUCUAGUCUGA